GGGUUGCGCCGCUCCGAGGGACAGGGUUUGCGUGCGUGUAUUUCGUAUAUAUAUAUAUACAUAUAUAUAUAUAUAUCGUCUUCGCUCGGGGCCCCCUCUUCCUCUCCUCACAUCUCUUCUUCUACCCUGUACAUUCACACUUGUCGGACUUUGCGUUUCACUCAUGUUUACACCGCCACGCAGUCGGAAGCCAGACAGGUGAAUCUUUCCUCAUCAUGACAAAGCGGGAGUGGUAGGAGAUCCUUCUCGUCUUUAUCGUAUUUUCAUCCCGCCUAUUUUACAUCCUUCCUGUGUCUCUCCUGAGGGGGCAUCUCUGUCUUUCACUCAAUUUCCCGAAAGAAACUCGCACGACGACGGCACCGGCAGGAAUGGAGCAACGGAAAGGACAGUUCACCAGCCAUCGGUUGUGCCCGAAUCGCCACCACCGUUCGGCAAACCACGUGGAUCGCGGUCUCGUGUUCUCGUCGCUGACACCGCUCGCCCUCGUCCUCGUCCUUGCCACAAGUUCCUCGGACGCGUCGUACGAGACGCAGGGCCCGAGUUUCGUGACGGAACCGCCGUCGCGAGUGGAGUUCACAAAUGUGAACGGCGGCCGGGUGGACUGCAUCGUGCGCGGCAACCCCCAGCCGACGGUCGACUGGCUGGCGGCUGACGGUGGCAGUAUAAUGAGCAUCCACGGCAUCAGGCACGUCCUGGGUAACGGAACGAUACACUUUCCCGCCUUCGAGGCGGAGGCCUUCCGGCAGGACGUCCAUUGGGCGAUAUACAAGUGCUUGGCCGUCAACAGCGUCGGCGCGGUCGUUAGCAGGGACGUCACUGUCAGAGCAGUGGUGAAUCAACGUUACGACCCGGAAGUGCAGAGUCCGAACGGCUUCGCGGGCAACAACGUGCUCAUGCGCUGCAACGUGCCCAGUUUCGUUCGCGAUCACGUCACGGUCACGUCCUGGCUACAGGAACCCGCAUUCAACAUCUAUCCCUCCACAAUGGGCGAUGGCAAAUAUCAUAUGCUGCCGACCGGCGAACUGAUGAUAAUCAAUAUUACGCGAAGCGACGCACAGAUGACUUAUCGGUGCAGGACGCAUCAUCGGCUAACUCAGGAAACCGUCGUCAGCAGCAACGUCGGACGGUUGCAACUGAACGAAAUCCGUGGCACCAUGCCGCCUAUAAUAAACGAGAAACUAGUGUACAUGUCGGCGCGUCUGAAGGACACCGUAGUGAUUCCCUGCGUGGCCUAUGCCAAUCCCACUCCGACUAAUAGGUGGUACUACAACAGAAAUCAGCGGGAGGAGCCGAUCGAGGAUUCGUCCGGUCAUUACGUGAUGCGGGACGGCACUUUGAUCAUCCAGAACGUCGAAGAGACCGACGCCGGCUCUUACAUGUGCACCGCCAGCAAUUCCGAGGGCAGCGAGACACUGGAGAUCAGAUUGACGGUGUCGGCGCCGCUUAGCGUGCACGUACAUCCGGCGAUACAGACCGUCGAUCUCGGAAAAUCCGCUUAUCUGACGUGCACCGCAAGUGGAUUUCCGCAGGCGGCGCACUAUUGGCUGAAGGACGGUCAGCCAUUGAGAACGGGUGCUCGCGUAAGGACCGUCUCUAGCGAGCGCAUUUCCGUGACGUCGGUCGCGAGAGAGGACCGCGGCAUGUACCAGUGCUUCGUGCGGAACGAGUACGAAAUGGCACAAGGAAUUGCGGAGUUGCGCUUAGGGGAGAUCGCGCCGCAGCUGGUCUACAGGUUUAUCGAACAGACAAUGCAACCCGGUCCAUCGGUUUCUCUGAAAUGCAGCGCCGCGGGUAAUCCCACGCCGCAAAUUUCCUGGCUGCUGGAUGGAUUUCCGCUUCCACAAAACGACCGGCUCCUGAUUGGCCAAUACGUAACCGUGUACGGGGACGUAAUAUCGCACGUUAAUAUCUCGGCGGUGAAGCCAGAAGACGGCGGCGAGUACGAGUGCAUCGCCAGCAGCCGCGCCGGCGAGGCGAGACACUCGGCGAGGCUUAAUAUUUACGGACUGCCAUACGUCAGACCGAUGUCGCCCGUUUCAGCGGUCGCGGGAAAGCAGCUAUAUAUCAAGUGUCCUGUAGCCGGUUAUCCCAUUGAAUCGAUAGUGUGGGAGAAAGGGGACGUAAAACUGCCUACGAACAUGAGACAAAGAGUCGCCAACGGCACCCUGUUCAUCGAUACCGUGCAACGCAACGCCGAUCAAGGCACGUACACGUGCACCGCCAGAAACAAACACAAUUUCACAUCGCAUCGUUCGGUCGAAGUGCGCGUUCUAGUGCCACCUAAAAUCACGCCUUUCAGUUUUGCUCGCGAUUUAAACGUAGGGGACCGUACUAGCGUACAGUGCGUGGUCGUGACCGGCGACCUACCGCUUACGUUCACGUGGCUCAAAGAUAACGUCCCGAUAGACGAGGAGACGGUCAGGACGUUGCCGUCGUCGUCUUCGUCGUCGCAGGAUGCGCCGCAGUCGGGCAGCCGCGGUCGGCCGCAACCGGCCGGUGCUGGGGACGCGACGAUUAAGAGGAGGGGCCCCGAGCUACUACGGGGGGCCCCUGCUACCAUGACCGCCUCCGUCGGCGUCGGGCAUGACGAAGCGUCCUCCUCGUCCCAGAGAAAGAGCAUUACCAUCCGGCAAUAUGACGCUUUUACCAGCGCCCUGAGCAUUAGCACGAUCGCACCCGCGCACAAUGGCACGUACACCUGUCGCGUGGCCAAUGGCGCUGCAACCGUCGCUCAUUCUGCACUCCUUCACGUCAACGUACCGCCGAGAUGGACCGUGGAACCUAUCGACCAGAACGCGGUUGUAGGUCACGGUGUCUCCAUCGCCUGUCAGGCCGAAGGAUUCCCCGUUCCGACUGUGACUUGGAAGCAAUCUAUCGGUGAGACGCCGGGCGACUACAGGGAGCUCGGAUACGGCGGUACGGAGGGCGCCGGGGUGGCCAGGAACGGAUCCCUGAUGAUCCCGCGGGUAUCGCGAGAUCACGCCGGAUUCUAUCUGUGCCAGGCGAGCAACGGCAUCGGGCCCGGCCUCAGCAAGCUCAUUCGGCUAACGGUUCACGCGGGCCCUCAGGUGACAGCGAGGACGAGGCAGGAAUCGGUGCGACGUGGGGAGAGCGUCAUAUUGCGCUGCGAGGCCGAAGGAGAUUCGCCUCUUGAUCUUAGCUGGCGUGCUCGUGACAGCAAGAUCGAUCCUAAUUACGACGUUAGAUACGCGGUGGAUAAUACGGCGGACGCGUCGGGACGUGUUACCACGGAGCUGCGGAUCAUGCAGACGAGCCACAUGGACCGCGGCGACUACGUCUGCGUCGCCGCGAACGCCUACGGUCACGACAAGGCGACGAUCCACCUGCUCGUGCAGGAGCCGCCCGAUUUCCCACGCAAUCUGCGCGUAACCGAGCAGGGCAGUCGGACGAUACGGCUGACCUGGUCCUCACCGACGACCGAUCUGAGCCGUGCCACCUCGCCCAUCAUCAAUUACAUCGUGCAGUACAAGGAGGCGCAAGACGUGUGGCAUGAGCACAACACGCAGAAGCUGGUAGCCGGAGACAGCACGGUCGCUCUGGUAUCGUCCCUAAAACCCGCGACUACCUACCACUUUCGAGUGCUUGCGGAAAAUCAUCUUGGAACAUCAGCGCCAAGCGACAUCCUUCAUGUGCAAACGGACGGCGAAAAGCCCGGUGGACCGCCCAGGCACGUCUCUGUGGAACCCCUGGGCCCGCAGCAGCUCAAGAUCACGUGGCAGCCGCCGGAUCGAUCCCUGUGGAACGGCGAACUGCUCGGAUAUACCAUCGAAUACACCAAUCUCGGGGGAGAUGAUCAAUUGACAAACACGACGCGAGUAGGCAUCACAGGAAACGGGGACGGUUCGCACGAGUACAGACUGAUCGGUCUGCGAAAAUACACCCAGUAUAACGUGGUAGUGAAGGCGGUCAAUAGCAAAGGAGACGGCCCGGGAUCCGAUCCCGUGAUGGCGCAGACGUUGGAGGACGUUCCAAGUGCGCCACCGCAGAAUGUAGCCUGCGCCGCACUGAAUGGUCAGAACAUCCAGGUGACCUGGAAACCGCCGCCUUCCGACAAAGUUCACGGGGUCGUGCAGGGGUACAAGCUGCUGUACGAGGCUGCGAGCGGAGCCGGCACGGACACGCAAACCGGCAGAGAGACGAAAAUCAGUCAUGCCCUCAGCACGGUACUGCACGCGCUCACCCCGUACACAAACUACACGGUGCAGGUGUUGGCCUACACCCGGGCCGGCGAGGGUGUCACGAGCAGUCCCGUGUCCUGCACCACCGGGGAAACUGUUCCCGACGCCCCCGAACGAGUGAAGGCGGUAGUCAGCGGGGAGAACGCCGUUACGAUCUCUUGGCUGCCGCCGCGACGACCGAACGGCCUGCUCACUCAGUACACCGUCUACAUUCGCAUCUUGGAUCAGGGCCAAGAGAUGAAGAUCACCAAGAGUACUCUGCCGGCGCAGAAUCUUCACCACGAGGUGACAGGGCUGAAGCUACACGAGUCCUACGAGGCGUGGGUCACCGCCUCGACGAAGGUCGGCCAGGGCUCCAGCACGCCGGUUAUCAAACUUCAGCCAAGCAGCAAAGUUCCAGCUGCCAUAAUAUCGUUCGGUGUGCCCAUCGUGGUUCCUUGGCGGGUGGACGUUAAUAUGCCUUGCCUCGUCGUUGGCGAUCCUCGGCCGAGCGUUGAGUGGCGACGUGCCGACAUGAAGCUUCAGCAGAAAUCCGACGGGGAGCUCGACAACACCUUGACUCUGAGAAACGUGCAGAGAACUCACGAGGACAAUUACUCGUGUCACGCGAAGAAUUUACUCGGCGAGGACGAAAUUACGUACACGCUGCACAUACAGGUACCGCCAACGUCGCCGACUUUGCUGGCGACCGGCACGACGACCGACGCUAUCCAGUUGCAGUGGAAGCAGGGCGACAACGGUGGCGCGCCUAUUAAAGGAUUUCUCCUGGCUUAUCGUCGCGAGUUCGCCGAGUGGGAGGAGGUGAUGUUGGACAGGCGUGCGAGCACGCAUCUGCUCGAGGGUUUGAAGUGCGGCACGCGGUACCAGUUUACACUGGCGGCGUUUAAUCGGAUCGGCAGCGGCAGCGCAAGCGACAUACAAACGGCGAAGACCAACGGCUCGAAGCCGAUUGCGCCGCCGAAGCAUCACUUCGUCAAACCGAAUCAAACAUUCGUUGUUCUGGAAUUGGCGGCCUGGCAAGACGGUGGCUGCCCGUUGACCUACUUCGUCAUCGAAUAUAGAAGGCUGCCCGGGGAUUGGCUGCUCGUAUCCAAUAAUGUUGAGCCGCAGUCAAAAUAUACCAUCGUGGAUCUCGAAAGCGGCACCAGUUACGAGCUCCGCGUGACGGCUUACAACAACGCCGGUUUCACCCAGGCUGAGUACCUGUUUAGCACGCUGUCGACGAACGGUAACAAUCGUUUGCACGAGGAUCAUCCGCAGGAGAGUGAGAACACGCCGCUCUAUCUCGACGCGCACGUUCUCGCGCCAAGCGUCAUCUCGGUGCUGGCAGUCGUGCUGGCGAUCGCCGGCGUGUGUUUUUGCCUCAAGACACAUGCGGAGGAAUCCAGAGGUGCGAACGAUCCGAGCUCGCAAACGCAGGCGGCUUUAGACAACAAACACAAUAUGGAACAGAGGGAGCAGUAUUACGCCACCGUGAGGAAACCGGGACAGCAGUCGCCUUGCCGCGAGGUGAGCGCCCUGGAACGAAUACCCGAGUAUUCGGAAGAUAUUUAUCCGUAUGCCACCUUCAAUCUGCCCGAGCAGGAAAAUCUUUCGGCGAACCCCAUGAGACAGGCGUUCUUCUAUGAACGCAGCGAGACGAUGCUGCAAGGUGCUCAAUGCGACGUGGACCAAUACACGAAAGUACGGGGUCGAGCGCGACGCAAAUCGAAGUCGUUCAAGUCGGAGUCGGAGGAGUACGACACGUUGGGCUCGGACAGCGACACGGAGGUCGGCACCAGCAGUCGCACCGAGUCGUCGAAUCACCUGGACGAUUCCGGGCCUACGUCGAUAAUGGCGCGCUCGCCGGGACCGAACUCCGUGAAUCGAGAGCAACGGCUUGCCUUGGUGCAGCGACCGGUUCAUCAUAAUGUGCUGUACCACACGCACGAAUCAAGUACAUCAACCGAGCCGUCACCAAUUUCUGAGAGGAAGACUUUCCCGAGGCUCGAAAAGCAAAGGAGUCGCAGCGCGACAACAGACGUCGCGAUCGACGGUCGCGUUCCCGGUAUAUUGCGACCGGUGCUGAAGUUGUCGGAGUCCGGAGUGCAUUCGUACUCGCGAGGAGCGUCGCCGAGCCACCCGGUGCGUCCUGGUUCCUACGACAGACUGGAGAAGGAGCCGCCGAACACGAGAAAGUCCGUCGAGUCGCUGUGCCUCCUGGAGGAGCCGGCGGGUACGUUCCGAAUGAUGAGGAGGAACGACGAUUGGGGCAGCGAGCUGUCUACGUUGGAAUUGAAGCCACCGAGCGGCUUCACGGACGUGCACGAGACGAGUGAGGCCGAGUGCGACAUCGACAUGAAGCUGAAGCUUCACAGAAAGCGAUCGGCCGGUCUCCACUCGAACAACUCACUUUCCAAAUCGCCCAAGGAUUUCACUAUCACUGUCUAAGUGUGUUUUAAUCAAAUAUCGAAACAAAAAAAACAAAAAAAAAAAA